AUGACAAUUGAAAAAAUUGAAUUCCAAGGAUUUAAAAAUUGUUUUAAAAUUACAUGGAAUCAUUUUAAAUUAAUAAUUACUCAAGAUGUUGGACCAAGAGUUUUAUCAUUAUCGUAUAAUGAUAAUCAAUCAAUUUUUGGAAUGAAAUCUCAUAAUUUAUCAACACUAUCAACACCAUCAACUAUUGGUGGUGAAGGUAAUCAUUCUUCAUUGAAUGAUCAAUGGAAUCUUUUCGGUGGACAUCGUUUAUGGCACGCACCAGAAUGUGCAGGUAGAACUUAUUAUCCAGAUAAUCAACCAAUUCAAAUUGAAAUUGUAAAUGAUGGUACAAUGGUUAUAAUGAGACAAGCCAUCGAGCAUUUAACAGGUGUGAAGAAAACCAUCACAUUGGAGAUUAAAGAAGGUGGUGGUGGUGGUGGUGGUGGUAGUGUUGGUGAUGGUAGCAGAUUAUCGUAUAUCCAAGUCAACCAUUACCUAGAGAAUAAAGGAAUUUGGCCAAUCCAAUGUGCACCAUGGGCAAUCUCAGUUAUGACAAAAGACACAAAGGCAAUCAUUCCCCUCUCUAAUGAUUCUGCAAAUGGGUUACUUCCAAAAACAUCAAUUUCAUUAUGGAACUAUACCAAACUUCAAGACCCAAGAAUCACACUUGGUAAUAAAUAUAUCAUGGUUCAACAACAAGAUAAAUCAUUGGAAAACAUUGGUUCAAAUAAAAUUGGCUCACGUGUUAAUAGUGGUUGGAGUGCAUCAAUCACUAAUUCAACAUUAUUUGUAAAAAUCAUUGAUACAGAUACCAAAGAUUUACAAGUUGAUCUUGGUGCAAAUGUUGAGGUUUACACUGAUGAUGACAUUUUAGAAUUAGAAACUGUUGGUAAAUUAUUAACUUUAGAACCAACACCACCAUUAUCACCACCAAUCGAUGUCUCAUCACCAUCAAGAAUUAAAACAUCAACACCUUUUGUACAACUUUUAACUGAAAAAUGGUAUCUAUUCCAAAUCAAUGAUAUUCCAACCCCACAAAAUGAUAAUGAUAUUGAUAAAAAUAUUUUACCAAUUAUUAAUGAACUUUUAAAUAAAUAA